AUGUCAACGUCAAAGUACUUAUUCAAUAUCACCGAAAAAUAUGAUAAACAAUUCAACAUUCAUAUAUACAAAGAUGAAAAUAACAUCCAAUAUAUUAUAUUUGUUAUUGAGAAUAAUACAUAUCGAUUUCUUCUCCCCGAUGCAAAAAAAAUUACAUUAAAAGAAAAACUUCGAGAUAUCAAUGCAUUUCCCCUUUUUAGAAUGCUUAUUCAAUUCAAUUUUCAAGAACUCGCAGAUUCUAAUCAAAAGAAUCGGUUUAAAAACCAAGAUAUUUCCAAGCUCACAGGAAAGAUGUGGAGGUCUUCUAAAGAAUUCAGAGAAGAAUUUAAAAAAUACACAAGCCGGGUAAACCUUCUCCGUCCUAAACCUCAAUAUGAUUUUAAAACUCAGGAUCCUUAUCAAAAACCAAAUAGAGGAAAACGUUCAUACAAACCUUACAAAAAAAGUGGAAAUGAUAUAUCUAUCAUACAACAAUUAACAGGAUCUUCUUCCGAAUUAUUUACCGAAUCGAUUUAUAAUGGUACUCAGUGGCAAAAUGACAAGAAUAACACGGUAAACCAUCCUAAACAGGGUGACAAUAUUGACAACGCAAAAUUACCAGCUAAUAACAAUGUAGCCACCUCCAAUGAUAUCACAUUCAAUCCAUUAGCGUCUUUGAUUUUUCCUGACGCGACGUCACUAGAAGACUGUCCAAUGGCAGAAGAUUUUUAUUAUCUUAUUGGAACUCAUAACGUUGCUGAGCAAUUUAAUCUAGUGCAAUAUGAUAAUAAUUCAUCAACUUUAAAUUUUUAUCAAGAUAAUUCUAUUCUUCCAAAUAACAUCACACCACAUUCCAGCUUUAACAUUCCAGUAAAUUUAGGCACAUAUGGUUUUCGGCAAGAUGGGCAUGACUUUAGCAAUCUAUAUAAUUCAGAUCAAAACUAA